AAGAGAAGAAGAAAGUAACGCUUCACGAAUCAAGAUGACGACUUCAUGGAGUGACCGUCUGCAGAACUAUGCCGACCUGCCGGCCAACAUGGACGGUGUGGCCACAAAGAAGUAUCGACGAGAAGCUCACCAAAGCCGGGCCGGCCGUGCGUGCAUGUGAGUCCUGUGUGUGGCUAGCUAAUGGCCGCUGCUCUGCACUGCGCUCUUACGGCGGUUACCACUGAUGACGACUGGCGAUGUUUUUGCGGAAAUAAUGGCCACCCUUCGCUUCCCUCUCAGAUUAACGCUGUUAACUCUGUUAGCACCGUUAGCUGCUAGGCAACGGCUCAGCCACCACCAUGAGUGUUUGUCAACCGAAGCUUGGCCAUGGAGAAGAUCAAGUGUUUUGGUUUUGACAUGGAUUACACUUUGGCAGUGUAUAAAUCUCCUGAGUAUGAGUCACUGGGCUUCGACUUGACGGUGGGGCGCCUGGUGUCAAUUGGAUAUCCACAAGAACUGCUCAACUUUGUCUACGACCCCUCCUUCCCCACCAGAGGUCUGCUGUUUGACACAAUGUAUGGCAACCUGCUCAAAGUGGAUGCAUAUGGGAACAUCCUGGUGUGUGUGCACGGAUUCAACUUCUUGAGGGGACCUGACAUCAGAGAGAUGUACCCCAACAAAUUUAUCCAGCGUGGAGACACUGACCGCUUCUACAUCCUCAACACACUCUUCAAUCUGCCUGAAACCUACCUCUUUGCUUGCCUGGUUGAUUUCUUCAGUAACUGCUCCAGAUACUCAAGUUGUGAAACUGGCUUCAAAAAUGGCGACCUUUUCAUGUCUUACAAGAGCAUGUUCCAGGAUGUCCGAGACGGCGUGGAUUGGGUUCAUAUGAAGGGGUCCUUAAAAGAAAAAACUGUUGAAAACCUGGAUAAGUACGUGGUCAAGGAUCCAAAACUUCCUCUCCUUCUCAGUCGCAUGAAUGAAGUAGCCAAAGUGUUUCUGGCCACCAACAGUGAUUACAAAUACACAGAGAAGAUUAUGACCUACCUCUUUAACUUUCCUCACGGCCCAAAGCCAGGUACACCCCACCGGCCCUGGAAGUCCUAUUUUGACCUGAUCCUGGUGGACGCACGCAAGCCUGUGUUCUUUGGAGAGGGCACAGUGCUGCGGCAAGUGGACACUACCACAGGGCGGCUGAGGAUCGGCACAUACACGGGGCCCAUGCAGCAUGGUAUUGUUUACUCUGGAGGUUCUUCAGACAUUGUGUGUGACUUGCUGGGUGCUAAAGGAAAGGACAUAAUCUACAUCGGAGACCACAUUUUUGGCGACAUCCUUAAAUCCAAGAAGCGGCAGGGCUGGAGGACGUUCCUGGUGAUACCUGAGCUGGCCCAGGAGCUGCAUGUGUGGACUGACAAGAGCUCCAUAUUUGAGGAACUUCAGUCUUUGGAAUGCUUCCUGGCAGAGCUUUACAAGCAUCUGGACAGCAGCAGCAAUGAGAGGCCUGACAUCAGUUCACUGCAGAGACAGAUUAAGAAAGUGACCCAUGACAUGGACAUGUGCUACGGCAUGAUGGGAAGUCUAUUUCGCAGUGGAUCCCGACAGACGCUGUUUGCAUCCCAAGUGAUGCGCUACGCUGACCUGUAUGCCGCCUCCUUCAUCAACCUGCUUUACUACCCCUUCAGCUAUCUGUUCAGAGCUGCACAUGUGCUGAUGCCUCAUGAGUCAACAGUGGAGCACACCCACGUCAACAUCAUUGACACAGAGUCGCCACUGGCCACACGAAACCGGCACGACCUCGACCUUAAGGAUAUGGAGUGCAAACGGCACAAGCUGACUCGAUCAAUCAGCGAGAUCCAGCCCCCCCAUUUCUACCCUCAACCUCCACAGGAGAUCACACACUGCCAUGAUGAGGAUGAUGAUGAGGAGGAGGAGUAAAUGGAGGGAGAAGAGCAAAGAGGUCUGCAGUGAGACUACCUCUCACAUCCAGUACAUAAUUUCUUCAAGUUUUAAGUUGAUCUGUUCUUUGAUCUGGCUGUCACAUGCGCCUGACUGAUUAGAGAACAGGUGCACGGUUUCUUGUUUGUGACAUGGACUACAAUAGACUCAAGAGGCCCCUUCCUGAGGUACAGCAGCUAUUGCUGGGUUUGUUUGAGGAGGAAUGUUCUGCUUUUGUUUGGGCAUCUUUCAGGUCAUUAGGAGUCCAGUAUGCAUGCAUUUAUUUGUACUGUAAACGGCUCACUGCCAUGCUGCUUACUCCUGCUCCAUAGCUCUCACUUUAAAACCUAUUCUAAAGGAAGAAUGCCCCCUAAACCCUAACACUGUACUUCCAAAGAAUCCUGGCCAAAUGUAGAGAUGUGAUGUUUGGAUCCUCUUGUUUUCAUCCACUUGCCUCAGUGUUGAAAAGCAACAAGUUUUCAUCCCUUCUUCUUUUUUCUAUGAAGGAAUUGUGGGAAAUGUAGGAACAGCACAUCUGAAGGUGGAUUUUGACUUGAAGAAAAUGGAACUGUAGUUAGUGUAUUUACCACAGCUGCUGACAGUAGACUCAAUCAUUAAUGGUUCACUUCAUGAGAGUAUUUUGUGUCCAGCAGAGAGCUUGUAACGCCUGCUGUGGUGAGGUGAAGUCGACAGGAAGCUGCUAACCCCGUAUGACAUGCAAACAGCUCAUGGAAGCAGUUUAGAGAAGCUCCACCUACUUAUUUACACUGUAAACACAGACUGUAAAGGAAGUCUGCCUGCAUGUAUAUUACACCCUGCACCAGUGUGAAAACUUGGUAAGUUAAAUAAGAUACCAAGUUUAAACAUUAUGAGAUCCUAAGACAUAAUAAUUACAGCUCAACAUUUAUUUUGACUUCAUUAGAUUGACUUGAUAAAAUGUAUAAUUAGUAAGCAAGCCACAAUUCUUUUUUGACUUUCUUUGACUACCUCAUAAGUUUGAUUUGAAGUCUUUUAGUAUUUUUAAGUAAACGGUUAAAAUAAAAGUCAAAUUUAUGAGAUAAUAAAUUGUAGUUAUGAGAGAAGCCUAGAUUUUGACUCACUAUCUCAAAAUGUCAAUUAUGUACUUCAGAAUUAUGAGUCAAAUGAUGAAACUGACAACUUGACAUGACAUACUGUGUCAUGAUUGAGAUGUCCCAGGAGUUAGUGUCCCGGCCAGCCUGCUGCUAUAAACAUGUUGUUACUGUAAUGUGAGCACCUCAUGACAGGGUGCAAUACUGUGUUUUAGUUUAUUUAUGAGCUGAGUAUUAUCAUGUGUUUGUUAUUGCCUUAAUUUUAAAGGACCUGUGAUUCAACAGGAGGACCUGUGUCUGAUCUACUGAGGCAUUGAACCUUCGGUGGUUGGUGAGAUGGGCUGCAGCCUUUUCUCACUGAUGUGAGUUCUAGUCUCACACAUGAAGUUUUGUUGAAGCUGCCUCAUGCUGUUUGAACUGAAUAUUUGUACUAAAUCUCCUGCUGACAGUUGAUUGUUUUACCUUUUUCAACCCUGUUGCACCUGGGAUGUUUAGGUGACUGUGCUGUUUUAAUUAGUUUCUUAUUCAAGUCAUUUCAGAACUGUUGAGCAUGCCUGUUUGCUGUCCGCUUUGAUAAUCACACAUAGUCAAGUGUAAAGUGAACCAAAUUAAUGUUUUUAUUUAUUUAUACCAUCAAUAAUUAUUGCAUGUGUUAAGGUUGCAUUUAUAUCGGUUUUAUUUGAAAUGGUGAAGAUGUAGCAGAAUGUUGAAGGCAGCGAUGCUGCAGUUGAGAUGGUUUGAGUCUGAAGUUUGUAAUACAUUUUCUGAUCUGA